AAAAGGAAACAAACUUCUUGACUACGAAAACAUCGAACUCCACAAAUCACUCUCAAAACUUUCUUCCAUUUUCUGUCAAAAACCAAAACGAAAUUUAUAAUUCAAGGGACGCUAACCCUGACUCCGUUUGACGCGGCUCCGAUGGUCACCGCCGGCACCCUCGCCGCCGCUGCCGUCGCCGCCGCAGUCAACUCCUGAGACCUCGUCGUGCCUAGGCAGCAGGGCGUGAGCUUGCCGCUGCCGCGAUCCGGGUACCAGCCCCCGCGGAUGCAGUACCAGCAUGCCGGCAGCCGCAGCGGCAUGCCGCCGUUCGCACGCGGCGGCGGCGGCGGCGGCGCCUACAGCCGCGGACAAAAGCAGUUCUACCCGCCGCCGCCGCCGCCGCCUCCCCUUCCGUCGGCCGCGCUGCCUCUGCCGCGGCAGAACAAGUAUGAGGUGCUCAUGGAGGCCGGCCGCCUCGCUGCCGAGUACCUGGUGGCGAAGGGCGUGCUCCCACCGGGCUCCCUGCAGCAGCGUGGCGGCACAGCCGUCGCUGGAGGGUGGGGCCAGCUGCUGCCUCCGCCUCCGCCUCCACCUCCACUGCCGCUUUCGGUGACACAGGAAGCCCCAGCAUACUAUGGCGCCAGGAAUGGCCGGCGGCAAGUUGAUGAGGAGCGUGGUAUUCGGAAUGCCCGCUCGCGGCGUAACCGCGGUGGUGACUACAGUAGCAGCAACAGUAGUAACUAUAAUGGAAGGGGGAAAAGGAAAUUUGGGGCUGACAAUAAGUAUUCAGAUUGGACAAAGGAUAGGGGGAGGAACAGGCGGUAUUCUGAUAUCCAGAGUUAUGAUGAUGAGGAUGAAGAUGGGGCUCCUGGGUUCAAAAGGGAGCGCCGAAGCGGUGGUGGGAUUGACGAGGUUGGUAGUAGCGUGUCGGGGGUGGCUGGGGAGGGGCCAUCAUCGAAGGUGGAGGCGAUGGGAGAGUCGGAGCUGGAGGAUACUGGGUCAAAGGCUAGUUCUAACAGCAAUGCCCAGCAGAAAGCUGAUGCUUUGCAAGAGGUGGAGGAUGAAAAUGAGGCAAACAAAAUGCAGGAGAACAGUGUGGUGUCUAAUUCAGACGUAGUCGAGCAAGGGUUGAAUGGUGAGGAUAAUAGCAAUAAUGGUUCUUCUGAUGGUGUUCAAGGGGCAGAGACAAAACAUUUGCCAGUAUCCUCAGGUGAAAAGGUCUCAGAUGGGAGGCCUGAAGAUAUUGGUGUUCUGAAUGACAAGGUUGAAGGUGGCAGUACUUUGCAUGAGAAGGCUGAAGAUGACACAACGUCUGAAGAGGUCUCUGUUGUGGAGAACAAUUUGCCUAAUGAUGCUAGAAAUUUGCUAAACUAUUGUAGUUUUGCAAGAGUUCCAACAAGACCACGAUCAGUGCUUGCAAACAGGAAUGUUGGACCAGCUCAAAGAGAAAUUGUUGUGUCCGAACAGGUCAAUCCGGUUAUUGCUGAAGAAAUGGCCCAGAUGGCAAUGGAUGGAGAAGCUAACACCAAUUCCGUAACUAGCAUCGAGGAAGACAGUAAAGAUGAGCUGGUUGGCCAAGACCAAGAACAUGCUGAACAAAGCACUAUCUGCAAUCAAGUGGAAGAAUCAGUGACAUUCCAUGAAAAGGAAACACAAGGUGAAACUGAAGAAAUGGAAGAACAGAAGAACAUCCCUCGACAUAAUGAAGUAGAGGAUAAUAAGGAGACAAAUGAACUGUCUCCUACAUUUGCUUCUUGUCAGAAUAACUUCAAUUUGCAAGUUGAGAAAGGAAUACAAAUCUACAAUUUAGAUACACCGCCACAAGAUGAAGUGUUGAUCGAUCCACCCAAUAAAGGGAAAACAGUUGAUUCGGAGUUAUUACCCAAUAUCAAAGCAGAACAUGCUGUUACAAUGGAAGAGGAAAAGCUUGGCCAGUCUAGCUCAUUUAAAAUACGUGAUCUCAACCUGGUUGGUAGUCCAGAGGUUGCUGACAUGCGAGGUGACCCUCGUUUAGGCCAAAACUCCACUGCUGGAUGUUCAGUGGGCCUACAAGAUAAUCAACAAGUUGACUUUGGAACAGCUUUUGGUAACAAUCCAAGUAAUACUGACACAUGUGCUCCAUUUCUGUUGGGAAAUAAGGCAGUUCAAGUUAUUGAUAUCGAAGAUGACUCACCAAAUGAAGCUGGUGCUUGUGACACUUCAAAAUCAAAAGGUGAGAUGGUUUAUUCUAGCAUGGAGGGCAUGAUGAAUCCUCCGGCGAACACCGAUGCUCUACAUGGUAUCCAAGAUGGUUAUGGUCUUGCAAUUUCAGAUUACCUUGGUGCUGAUAUGUCAUGCUACCAAUCAAUGCAAACAGAACUUCAAGAUGGGAUGGACCUAAAUGGUUCAGAGGGCAUAACUGUGAUGGAUGAUCCAAUUUACAGUUCUCUUGGUGACAUAGGUUUUAUGGAGGUUUGGGACCAGCAACCUCAAGACUAUGAAAAGUUCUUCUGAGUCACCGACCCAUGUCGCUAAAACUGUUCUGGAGUUCGACUGAUAAAUACCAGUUACACUUGCAUAGGCAGAAAUAAAGCACCAGAUCGUGCCUAACAAAUAGAAUCCCGUAUGCUCGUGCGACAGCAGCACCUCAUACACUUGUAUCUACCAGGCUAUAUAUAUUGGGGCUUUUGUAAUACCAGGGUCUGCGGCGGCAGCUCAAAGAGCGAGAUAUGUUCAAACUCCGUGUCCCUGCCUUGCCCAACAGUGGUGUAAAAAGUUGUAGUAUAGCUGUCAUGUAAUUCAAGGGAAUUGACGCAAGCACGAUAGAGUAUUCAUCCGAAAUCAUUCUUAACAGUUCUAUUUUCCAAAAUAAAAUUGUUUAUUUGUUAUA